AUGCCAAACUGUUAUAUAAAAAAUUGCAAAAAUUGUAUUCGGACAGAAAAUAUAAAAUUUUUCCAAUUCCCGAAAGAUCCUGUUAUUCGCCAGCAAUGGCUAAAAGCUUGCAGAAAAAAUAAAAGCGAAAUAACUAAAUCCGCAACAAUAUGUAAUCUUCAUUUUGAUGAAAACUGCUUUCACAUGGUAUGGACGAAGUCACGGUAUAAGAAUAUACCUGCUAAGCAGAUAUGGCAAAUAAAGGAAAACUCUAUCCCUACAAAAUUAUUGAAUUUGGAAAAGAAACGAACACACAAAAACAUAGUACAUACAGGUAUACCAAUUUAUGGAGAACUUGUGCAGUAUAUGCGAGAAAAACAGCAUAUACAUUCAGAGCAAACAAAUUCUGCAGUUACAAAUAUCUGUGAAGAUAAUUCUGCAGUUAUAAAACAAAUAUCUGUGAAGAUAAUUCUGCAAUUAUAA